AUGGGCUCCGGUGAAGCUGGUGAUGAUCCAUCGGUCGCACUUGCGCGAGAUUCGGCCGGAUUGCCCAGCACUUAUCUCGUCGCCCUGACUGCUACAGCCGUCUCUGAUCAGGAGCCGGUCACGAGUACAUCCGAGGCCAGACGCGAGAGCUCACCGAGCAGGCAGGACAAUUCUGCAGAUUCUCAGAGAGCCAACACGAACUCCGAGAUCGAAUCGAUUGCCGAGCCCUCCGAGGCAACGAGACUGCUCGAACGCUUGCCAUACUUUUCCAGGGUAUGGCCUCGAGCAAACGAAGCUCAUACGAGAAAGGAGGAUCCGAUCGAUAUAGAGGCAUGGCUCGAAGAGGAGCAGGCCAUUGCAGAGACGAUGCAAUAUAAGACACAAGGGCUGCCCAUCUGCUUUGAGGAUCUAUCUGUCUAUGGCAGGGGCACAGGAGAGCGAUUGAGCGAUACUCUCGGCUCAAAAUUGUGGCCCUUCACGCCCUCCUCAUUUCGAUAUUGGAUGCGACGACUACGCGGUCAGCGGUUAGCAGAGCGAUGCAUCUUGCACAAUCUCACCGGCGUCGUCGAACGAAGCGAGAUGCUGCUCAUCCUCGGUAGACCGGGCACGGGCGUCACGACUGCUCUGCGCAAUCUCGCGGGUGACCAGGAAGGCUUCUCCCGCAUCUCGGGCAAGCUUCAUUUUGGUGCUUUCGAUCGUGCCAGCGACCGUAUUGAUCAGGCAAUCCUGAGCGAGCUGUGCUUCUUACCCGAAUCUGACCAACACUUUGCUUCCCUCACAGCGGGAACGACGAUAGACACUGCUCUGCGGUGUCGCACGCCACGCGAUAUACAGAAGUGUCGCGAUGUCGGUUCGGCAGCAGAGUGGCGCCUGAGGCAAUCUCGCGCGAUACUGUCAGCGCUCGCCAUCGAACAUGCGCGCAAUACACGCGUAGGUAACGAGUACCUGGUCGGUCUAUCGGGCGGCGAACGAAAGAGAUUGAGUAUCGCAGAGAUUCUGGCGGCGCGGCCCUCUGUUCUUGCGCUCGAUAAUGCCACAUCAGGCCUAGACUCGUCUACUGCGCUUAAUGUGGUCAAGCUGCUCAGACUGAUGAAUCAGCGCUUGCGCCGAACGACCUCUGCCGGUCUACGGCAAGUCAGCGAUUCCGUCUUUGACCAAUUCGACAAACUCCUCGUCCUCGCGCCUGGCGGCGAGCAAGCCUAUUUUGGCCCAGCACAGGAUGCUUGGGGUUACUUUGAAUCCAUCGGCUUUGAGCCGAUACCAGGUCAGACGAAAGCGGACUUUAUACUCGCGUGUACAGACACAUAUGCUCGCAACAUACGGUCUGGGCAAGAGAGCAGCGCGCCAAGGACAGGCCUAGCAAUGGCCGAAACUUUCAGGCGAAGCGAGCAACACCAGCAAUGUCUGAAUGGGCUCUGCCAAUAUCGCGACACACAUCGGCCAGGCACAGAGAACAGCUGGCUCACCGGCGUGCAUAACGAGAAGGACCGCAUGCUCAAACCAAGCUCCGCGCUCACUAUCGCCUUUACGAGUCAACUCGCUGUUCUGACGAGACGGCAAUAUGCGCUCAUACGAUCUGAUCUCGGACCCUACGUGACAAAGACAGGUGUCAACAUCCUUCUGUCGGUAAUCGUCGGGACUCUCUUCAAGGACCUGCCACGGACAUCUGAUGGCGCCUUUACCAGAGGCUCUAUACUGCUCUUGUCUAUCUUGUUCAAUGGCUAUCUGCAGCUCGCUGAGUUGAGCAACGCUCUCGUCGGACGGCCGAUAGUCAAGCGACAGAGGCAAUAUGGCUUCUACCAGGCAUCGGCGCUGUCCCUCGCGCGGACCGUGGGCGAUCUACCGCUCAUUGCGCUGCAAUCGUUCCUUUUCGGUACAAUCACCUACGUGCUUGCAGGCCUCCAGCGCACGUGGUCACAUUAUCUAAUCUUUUUGCUAUUUGUCUACGCCACAGCCCUCAAUUUGACGACAGUCUUCCGACUGUUUGCGGCCUUCAGUCCAAGUUUCGAUGAGGCGAUGCGCUAUUGCGGCAUCUUUCUCAACCUUGCCGUCGUCUACGCAGGCUAUUUUAUACCCAUGCGCUCGAUGAGGCCUUGGCUGAAAUGGCUUCACUACAUUGAUCCGAUUCACUAUGCCUACGAGAGCGUUCUUGUCAACGAGCUGUCAGAUCUGGAACUGACAUGUUCGCCCGCGGACACCGUGCCAUAUGGCCCGAGCUAUAACGACAGUCGCUAUCAGACUUGUGCGCUCGUUGGUUCAGAGCCUGGACAACUCACCUUGCAAGGCGCGCGUUACCUCGACAUGUCGUUUGGCUAUCGUUAUGAGCAUCUUUGGCGCAAUCUCGCUCUCAUUCUCGUGCUAGCCGUCAUCUGCCUUGUUGCCGGCACAGUAGCGACCGAAUUCCUACAUUUUGCGCCUGCUGGUUCAGUGACACUGUUUGCUCGGACGCCAGCAGCGGUCGCAAGAUUACAAGAUGAAGACAAGGCAAAGGACAAGGACGAAGAAGAUCAGAUGCAUGUGCCAGGGCACAUCGAGCGACCACUAAUGGGAAAUGGCGGCUCGACGUCCGCAACCUCGACGGACAGAGAUUUGAGUUGGAGACAUCUAGAGCUCUGGGUCGAGAGCUCGAAGCAGUGCCCGAAGCUUCUCGAUGGUAUAGAUGGCCGACUGAAAAGCGGUCGACUAAUGGCACUAAUCGGUCCAUCCGGCGCUGGCAAAACAACGCUGCUCAACGCGCUUGCUGGCAGGAAUGAGACGACGCACAUCACCGGGACGAUUGUGUAUGGUCAGCAGUCGCCAGAUGCUGCUUUCUAUCGCGCAACUGGCUUUGUUGAGCAACUCGAUACUCAUGAUCCCACGGCUACUGUUCGUGAGUCGUUGGAAUUCUCAGCACUUUUGAGACAACCGGCAAGCAAGUCAGAGCAAGAGAAGCUUGUGUCUGUCGAAGAGGCGCUCGAUCUGCUUGAGCUGCGUGAUUUGGAAGACGCAAUGGUUGGCACGACCUCAGCCGGCCUAUCGCUCGAAGCUCGCAAAAGGCUGGCUAUCGCUGUCGAAUUGGUCGCGCAACCAGGCGUGCUCUUCCUGGAUGAGCCUACGAGCGGCCUAGACGCACAAUCAGCAGUCCAUAUCGUCGACCUUAUGCGCAGACUCAGCCGUAUCGGGCUUGCUGUGCUCGCCACGAUUCAUAUGCCUUCUGCAGAGGUCUUUGAACUCUUCGAUGACGUCUUGCUCCUUCAACGCGGCGGCAAGCAGGUCUUCACAGGCUCCAGAGAAGAUGCGCUUGAGUGGUUUGACUGCCCAGCAAAUGCCAACCCAGCAGAGUCGAUUCUUGAUGCCAUCAGCAAGCCUCCGAGCGAUCAGCAACGCACGCCAUUAGCAGAGCGAUGGCGUCAGUCUGAGAGUCUUCAAAAGCUGGAUGCGUCGAUACCGACCAAGGCCGAUAUACCCGGCAGCAACUCUUUAGAUCAGCCUGAUUGGCUUCAGCAAACAAAGCAGGUUCUCCGCCGCUAUUCCCGGAAUUUCUAUCGCGACACGGCCUUCAGCUUCACGAAGCUCUUCACGGCUACAGCUGUUGGUUUCAUCGUCGGCUUGUCUUUCUGGCGGCUGGGUAACACGAUCGCAGACAUGCAGAACUACAUGUUCUCUGUCUUCCUCGUCCUCUUUAUCCCGCCUGUCUUCAUGAAUCAAAUGAUCAUGAAGAUGGUGUCGCUGCGUGCACUUUGGUUAGCACGCGAGAAACCAGCUGGUACAUACGGCCCGGCCGCCUUCUGCUUAUCUCUGGCCCUUGCAGAAGUGCCUUACAUGGUCGUCUCAGCAGUCGUCUUUUUCGCGGUUUGGUUCCUCAUGGUGGGCAUCGUGGCGACAGCAGCGCGGUUCUUCUACUGUCUAGCAAUGCUGCUGCUCUUCUUCUUCUUCCAAGCCUACUUUGCAAUGUGGAUCACGGCAUUAGCGCCAACUCUCGGCAUGAUCGCCAAUCUACUGCCAUUCUUCCUCGUAUCGAUGGAGGCAUUCAACGGCUCGCUCAUAUCGUAUGCCAGCAUGCCGACAUACUGGCGAUGGAUGUACUGGCUUUCGCCCUUUCAGUGGUAUGUGAAAGGCAUGCUCGCACAAAUCCUCAGUGGUUUGCCCGUCGAAUGCUCGGCCACGGAGCUUGUGAGCUUCUAUCCACCGGCGGAUCAGACGUGUAUUCAAUACGCCGCCAAUUUCUUAGAAACGCAUCGCGGCUAUCUCGAGAACCCGGAUAGCACAGACAUCUGCAAGUAUUGCAAAUUCGCAACAGGUGACGAGUUCCUGGCAAGCAUCGCCGUCAAGCAUUCAGAUAAUGCGCCGGCGAUGCUCGUCUUCGCGCUCUACACGCUCCUCAACAUCGGCCUCUUCUUUGCGAUCUCAUCUGGCAAGCUUUCGUUGAAGCCAGUCGUUCGUCACUUGCAGCUUUUGUACAACAAAGCAAUCUAG